UGGGCGCAAUGGCGAAGCCUGUGGGGCCCCCGACGCUGCCCGAGCCCCUGCGGCGGCGGCUCGUCUCCUUCAGCAGCUCCAUGUUCAGCGACAGCCACCGCGCCGCGCUCAGCGACGUCCCCCUCGCCCCCCCGGGCUUCCCGGGCUACCGCGCAGAUUGUGAAAUCCUUUCCAGUUUGCCACUGCAGAUGUCCCUCUAUUUCAAUGUUUAUUUCUUCCCGCUUUGGUGGCUCAUCACAGUUGCCAUCCUCUACCUGAAGUAUCCAGUCUUAUCAGAUUAUUACAAGUUCAUCCUGGUCACCAUCAUGAUCCUGGUCUCUCUGACAGAGCUCAUUCGACUCUACUUGGGAUAUGUGGGCAAUCUCCUGGAGAAAGUGCCUGAGCUGGCUGGGUUUUGGCUCUUGACUCUCCUCCCGCAGUUGCCUAUAAUUCUCUUCUUGCUAUUUAAUGAAGGUCUGAAAAUCCACUCUCUGGAGCGAGCCGUGCACAUCAUCUUUGCCACCUUCCUCUCCUUCCAAGUGCUCACGGCCUUUUUCACCCUGAGAAGGAUGGUGAACACUCUGGCCACUCGCUUCCGCCUGACAGAGUUCCACUGCCUGGAGGAGCAGCGCCCCGUGCCUGGUGUUCACAGCCUGGCCACAGGGAGCAGCUCCCGGGGCUGGGCCACAAAGAAAACGGCGAUUCACCUCCGGGAGAGUGAAAGCGUAACGGGACGCAAAAGGCGAAGGAAGCCGCAGAGCAGCGGGCUGGUUGUGCGCAACGUUCUGGGUAUAAGAAAAGCGUGGCUGCCACUGGCCUUCCCGCUGAAUGCACAGUGGGAAGUCGUAAGGAAGCACUUCUACGAGAGCUACUUGUGCUGCCGCCUCUUCGAGUUGCAGCGCUCUGCGGAAACAAUUGUGCUUGCCCUUAGGCUUCGAGUGGAGAAGGGGAGGACACAGCGCUUAGGUGAGUUUGAUGAUUGA